UAUAUCCGAGGAGGAUCCUAACAAUUCCCAGCUUGCAUAUUCUUAUCCACUUUCUCCCAUCUUUCCCCCCUGCCUUCCUCCUUCCUGCAACAGCGCGUCUUCAAGAAAUCUCUACUUUUAUUUUAUUUUUAGCUAUAAAUCUGAAUAACAAGAACUGAAGCUUAAGCUAGUUUGGGAACACAGAAUUUGAGUAAAAGAGUUUGUGAAGAAUUGAAGCUUUUGAUCUUUUUGGGGCUAUGGAGUUUACUAGUUUGGUUGAUACUUCUCUGGGUCUCAAUGCUAAGCCUAUCAGAGUUGUUAGCGGCAGACCGAAACAAGAAGUUGAAAGCAGUUUCAUUGGGCUGAGAAUGAACAUUGGGAACAAAGAUGAGGCGGGGGAGCUAAUGGAGGAGUUGAAUAGAGUGAGUGCUGAGAAUAGGAAGCUGAGUGAAAUGCUGACAGUGGUUUGUGGGAACUACAAUGCAUUGAGAGAGCAAGUGAGGGAGUACAUGAACAAGCAGCAGCAAAGUGGGAGCAUUAAUGGAGACAAUAGCCAAGUUAUAAUGGGAUCAAGAAAGAGAAAAUCCACCAGCAAUAAUAAUAAUAAUGUCAACUCGGAGAGCAGCUCCAGUGAUGAAGAUUCUGCCAAGAAACCCAGGAGGGAAUUGGAACAGCACCAUAUCAUCAAAGCCAACACCUCCAAGGUUUAUGUCAAGACAGAAGCCUCAGAUACCAGCCUGAUUGUGAAGGAUGGGUAUCAAUGGAGGAAAUAUGGUCAAAAAGUAACCAGGGACAAUCCAUGUCCAAGAGCUUAUUUCAGGUGCUCUUUUGCUCCUAGCUGCCCAGUCAAGAAGAAGGUGCAAAGAAGCGUAGAAGAUCAGUCAAUCUUGGUGGCAACAUAUGAAGGAGAGCACAACCAUGACCUCCCUUCAAAGCUAGAACAAUCCCCCACCACUGCCACCGCAGCCGGCCGUUCUUUGCCGCCAGUCAUCAAUGGUGGCUCCGCCACAGCAGCUGCCUCCCUCAACACCCAACCACGUGACCUAACGCCGCCCAAAACAGCACCGUCUUCAGUGGCCAAUGCCAAUGGUGCUAAAACCGCCUCUACCCCGACGGCCGGAAGCUCAUUACUGCCGGUUGACAGGCCGGAUUUUCAACAGUUCUUUAUUGAACAAAUGGCAUCUUCCUUAACAAAAGAUCCCACCUUCAAAGCAGCCAUCGCAGCCGCCAUUUCAGGAAAAUUCCCCUCACAUAACAACAGAGAGAAAUGGUAAAAUAUUAAAGCUUGUUUACUUGUUUGGUCCGUUCAUAACACGAUGUCAAGAAAAUACCAUAAGUUUGUUCACUAAAAGUGACCAAAAUUUGAUAUUUUAUAUGACAUGGUGUUAUUAAUUCAGUACACAUCUUUGAGUAAUGGUCGCGGUAGUUACCCUGUUUGUAGUUUGGAUAAGCGGAAUUUGUAAAUACCAAUAUUCAAAAGGGGGUCCACAAUGGCGCUGAACCCGGUCCAUGGGCCACUCUAGAGUUCGAAAGUUCAAGAGCUGAAUGCUCCUUUUGUAUUAUUACUAUUGGAUGAAUUCAAAAUUUCAAAUGAAAUUGAACAACCCUCUCCAAUCUUUUUU